AUGGAUUCUUGCAGUGAAGCUUGCGGAACUAGCAAGGCCUAUGGCCUCUGUCAGCAAGAUCAUGCCAACGUGGCGUGGCCAUCUUGGCUUCAAGGUCCACAACUGGAACCUCAGCGCAGGAUCAGAGGAUCUGAUAUUUUGCCAUUUGCUCUGUGCCUUCGCAUCCCACUGCAACGGGCACUCAGCAUGCUCACUGAGUUAUCUCGGGACUCAGUGAACACGCAUUCAGGCGAGGCACACUUCUGGGCCCACCCAGAAGAUCCCACGGCACCGAGUUGUUCAUCUAUUCGGGCGAUUUCCUCAGUCCAAGCUGGAUCCGAGCUGAAAGACUCAAGGUCUUUAGACUCGAUCAGGUGCCAUUGGGGACAGAAACGCCUCCCUGGCAACAGACUUGCGCCUCAAUCGCUGGCAGGGACUUGGGUGUACUAA